CCAAACUGAGCGUUAGGCAGUCUUGUUUCUGAAACGGCUUGAGACUGAGACAACAUGAAGGCUGCCCUGGUCCUCGCUGUACUUUUCGUCAUCGCCAACGCCGAUCACCAUGAAGGCCACGAAGGUCAUCAUGGCAACCACACUGACGAGCAUGGGCACCAUCACGGACACCAUCAUGGACACGAACAUGGACACGAACAGGGACACGAACAUGGGCACCCUUCGCACCAUGGAUCGGUCUGCAGUUUUCCGGAGGAAGCCUUGGCUACAGUGGUGGAAUGUGUCGAACGCAACAUCACAGAUGAGGUCCGAGGGAAGCUGACCGCAGUAAGCCAGAGGCUUGAGUGCGAAACCAUCCUGUGUGGCAUUAAGAAAUUUUGCCAGGCGCACGGCACUCUGGAGGGCAACCGGACUGACGUUUUCACGCAUGAAGAGAACGUCGAGCUCCGGAACGCAUUCAUCGGCUGUAAGCCUCAGCCGUUGGCCACUACUGAAAGUGUGGUUGAACAUGUCAGCGAAGCUGCAGCUGAAGCCUAGUUUUGUAAAUAAAUAUGAAUCAACAAGUCACCACUGAAGAAUGAAAUAAAUGUACAAAUGCCUAUCCCUUCC